AUAAUUUAUACGAUAUAAACGACACGCCAGGUCAUCCGCAGUGUUGAAACAAAAAUGACCUGAACACAGCGGUACCAACUGCGAUAGCACAUGUUUGGUUUUUCCUUCUCACAGCUUUCUAGGAGUCCAUCGCAACACAACGGACUCGUGCUCGUACCGACUUCCAAUGCCUCGUUUUGGAAUUCCCAAGGCGCUAUGCCCAUAGCUACUCAGCAAUGCGCAAAACCUCCCUGAAUGAGUUGCUGGUUUCCUCCAGUCCUUGGCGGCACAUGAUAGGAGGUAGCCCACCGCUUGUGGGCAAUUUGGUUUCAUCAAGUUCAUCAUGCACUCCAGCGCCUUUCACUUCACUUUUCUCCUGGUUCAACUGUUUCACUUCUUUCGUUGGCCCGAAUUUGCGGCCGGUCUGCCUCGUAGCCUGAUCGGCUACCUCGAUGCUACCUAGAUGCUGGUACAUCGUCCCAAGCACUUGCGCGACCACCCUCUUCAUUGGAUCUGCGCAAGCUCAUAUGCAUGCAUGCGACUGUGCGGGCCGGUGCGACGGGCCACCACGGCGACACACACCAUCACCAAGCCACGUUCCCCCACACGGUUAUCAACCAGUCAGCCAACGGGUGUGAAGAAGGGUACAAACAGAUGAAACCAUAACAACAAUUGAUCUGCCGUUCUGUGAUGGUUGUUCUGCUGUGCCCGAGCUCCUUCGUUUCCAUGAAGACUCGAAGGGGUGGAUUCCGAUCUUUCAUCUAUGUCGACAGCUUCGCUUGAAAAUUGCGAUACUUGCCCAAAAUGCCGUCCGCCCGCCGUGCUGUCAAGAAAAAACGACGAUCUCAGACCACUCAAAAUGCCGUGCCAAAACCGCCCAAUCUGGGUGGCCGUAUAAUGUGGCUGCCCAAACUCAACGAGUUGAAGACACCGAGCGGACUUCCAGACGCCUGCCAUGAUCACCCAGUCAUCCUACUAUCCCCAAACCUUCUACCUAACAAUGAGGUUGUCGUCUUGAUGGUGACCUCCUUUGGCGGCAGAGAUCUCAAAACACGGCACCGGCAUAACUACGAAAGAUGGAUGAGGGCACACUACCUCCCCAUCGACCCAUCGCCUGCUCAUCCUGACGACCCAGACAAGAACGUGGUGCUGAAACUCGGCGGUGGUGCGGUGCUGAGGAAGAACUCGUGGGUAAACACGGAGACGCAGUAUCGGGUGAUCUUCUCCCUAUUGAGAAACUAUGACAGCAGGUCGGGGAAGCUCUUCGUGCUUAUGCCGGAGUCUUAUGGGAAGUUGAAGGAUUUUGUUGGGUUUAGGGAUAAUGAGAUCGUCGCUGGGCCGUCUGGGACAUCGGAACCGGGAGCCACACCGGCAGUAACACAGACAGCCACGCCCCCAUUGACUCCCGCACUCAGACCGGUAGUCGUGCCAGAACCAGUCCCGGAGCCGGCGACCCAGCUACCGGAAGUUGUCGAGCCGGCAAUGACACACGACUCGGACUCGGACACCACCAUUGUCGCAGAGGAUUAUUGGGAUGCCGAUAGAAGACGCCGCCGGGAGCAACUCCUCAACCAGCAGUCUGCCAUGCAGACCUACCGUCCUGUACCUCCACCGAAUGUGCCUGUAGCCCCGAGCAGGUCAAGCACUGUCCAGGCCCUUCGACAAGCCAACAACGAGCGAUCAUCCCUCCUCCGUUCACAGUCCCAAGUGACAGCACCCAAUCCGCCAUCGAAAUCGCAAGUACCGAUUCCAGUAACCAGAACAGGAUACGGAACCGUAUCAUCGUCAUCCCGUCCCGCCGCAGCAUCUCAUACCCCAAGAUCACAUGGGCAGGUUCGCUCCCAGAGCUAUGAGGCUCUAAUAAGAGCCCGGGCUCGGGCCUGGGCCCGGGCUCGAGCCGCUGCCAAACUCAAACUCGCCAUCCUCAAACGAAAGAAACCCAGACGUACUUGGUUUUCUCAGUUGGGCUUCCCCUUUCGAGUUGACUUUAUCUUCUUCGGUGUUGCUUCCACGGAUGUGUGGAACCGCGCUCGCGCUCAUGAUCGCGCUGUUGCGACUGCUCGUGCUCAGAUGAGACAAGGUGGAUAUGAAAGCAUGAUUACCGAGGCUGAAGUACGAGCUAUAGAGUGGGAGGUGAAUGCUGGAUCGGCGUAUGAGUAUGCGCGUAUUGCCCCCUCCGAUAGAGACGGGCAGAGGGGAUGUAAGGGGAGGCUGUCGGUGCUCGCGAGGGUUACGCUUGUUGUCGUGAUCCUGCUGGUUCAGGCGAUCUUGCUGGCGGCGGUCGUGUGGAGCGUGGUGCAAUGUGAGGCCGACACGGCGGUAGUUGAGUGGGUUGCGAGGGCGGCUGGUAAGGUGGUGGACGCGUGGGAGUUCCUUGUUUAUUGUUUUUGGUGGCUUGUUGAUUUGGUGGUGAACAUUGUUAUUGGGCUAUGGUGUUUGCUUUACGUUCUUAUUUGCUUAGCUAGUUGUUGUGGUAUAUAAUUGUACCUAGUAGGCACAACCUGCUUGAGUUGGCUCGAAAGGAACGGUGGCUCAAGCUAAGGAAGGUGCACGGUCGGGUCUGUUUGUUGCCUGGAACAUGAAUGUCACGAUGAUCGCGACUGCGACUUGGGAUUUUGAGGAAGGAAAGACCGCUGAAUUUAAGUUUGUUAGCUUACGGCCUGGUACUUAUCAGCAUUAGUCUCUGAAAUUAUUGUCUUCUCGUCUUUU